AUGCGAAGUAAAUCCGAGGUUGAAGUAAAUCCAAGGGUGAAUUUUCUUUUUGUUGUUGAUUUUGAAUACUUCUUGGAUGUAGAAAAUAUCAUGAAGAGUUCUGAUUUCUUUGUUGUGUUUAUAUCAAGCUCAGGUUCAACUGGGUCUAUGCUUCCAUAUGUGCAAUUUGUAUUUAUACUAGAGGUUGGUCGUUUGCAUGAGAUUUCCCAUGGAGAAGAUCCUGAACUAGUCCAACUUAUGGACCAAGAAAUUCAAACAAAGAGAACAAGAGAAGAUUUAGAAAGUGAUAACGAAGAAAACCCAAUUUCAAAACAACCAAAAAACCAAGAAGCCGGUUGGAGAAAGCCGGAAGAACAACACCCAACAACUAGUAAGAAUACAACAAAUAUGAAGGAGACUUCAACGCGCAUCACCCUCUCUGGAAUGAAAAUACAAACCAAAGAAACAAAUACAACAGGAACAAAUAUAACAAAAUGGCUAAGUCAAAAUAAUGUAUUACUACUAACUCCAAGAAACCUCAUAACCAGAAUUGAUCCAAAAACUGCAAAAGAAUCCACAUUAGAUCUCGUAUUUGGCUCACCCGCCCUAAGUCAUCUACAAAUAAAAUCUGCAUCCCACCAAAUAAGUGACCAUCUGCCAAUAAUAAUAAUGGACAACACAUACAUUGAAAACCAUUUACUCAAAGAAAAAAAAUGGUACUACACAAAAGAAAGAUGGAAAGACUACCAGAAAGAAUUAAAUGAAACAAAUUUAGAAGAAAUAUCAACCAUAGAAGAAAUAACAGAGCAGAUAAAAAAUACAGCUCUAAAAUAUUUAAAAUUAGAAACAAGACAAAUAAUAGAUAAACCAAAUAAACCAUGGUGGAACAAAGAUUGUCAUGAAACUAUAAAAGAAAGGAAUAAAGCUUUUAACAGAUGGAGGAAAAAACCAACUAUAGCAAACCAAAUAGAAUACAAAAAGCUUUCAGCAAAAGCAAAACAAACAAUAACUCAACAAAAAAAGAAAUCAUGGAACGAUUUUUGUGAAACAUUAAACUUCAAAAACCCACCAAAAAAGAUUUGGAACUUUUUCAAAAAAUUGACAGGAAAAACAAUUACAACGGAAUAUCCAAUAAUAGAUAAUGAUUUGCCACUAACAAAUAUCAACCAAAAACUAGAAAAAUUCAAAAGAAGAAUAUAUGGAAACAGAGAAUAA